AUGGCGGGUGGGUCUGCUAUCAACGUCUUCAAAUUCAACACUGGAGGUUUGCCCAAAGAGACACUCAACGCUAAACUAUGGUUUGCCGUGUUUGCGUUCGGCUUGAUGGGAGCUGCCCGAGGUGUUGACGAAGGUCUCAUCACGGGUGUCUUCAACUCUCAUGCAUUCAAGAAAUCUAUCGGUAUUGACGAUCUCGGUGCGAGUGAGCUUGCGAGUAUCAAGGGUACUAUUUCCUCUAUGGUUCAGCUUGGUAGUGUGGCUGGUGCUUUGUUUGCAUUUGUCGUCUGCGAUCGUAUCGGCCGUGUCUGGGCAACUCGCCAGCUUUGCGUCUUCUGGAUUGUCGGCAUCGCCAUUUUCAUUGGAAACAAUGGUAAUUUAGGUGCCGUCUACGCGGGUCGAUUCAUUGCUGGUAUCGGCAUUGGACAGACUUGUGUCGUAGGUCCUAUUUAUCUCUCCGAAAUUUCGCCUGCUCCCAUCCGAGGUCUUUGCACUUGUAUGUUCACCGGUGCCGUAUAUCUCGGUAUCAUGAUUGCCUAUUUUGCCAACUGGGGGGCCUCGAUUCAUAUGGCUGAUACCUUCAAUCGUUGGGCUGUCCCUACAUCGCUUCACCUUAUGUUUGCCGGUAUCAUUCUGAUCCUCACGUUAUUCCAACUUGAAUCGCCUCGUUUUUAUAUCAAACAAGGUAAACGGGAACAGGCUCUUGAAUCUCUGUGCAAGCUUCGCGGCCUACCGGCAACCCACCCGUACGUCCUCGACGAGAUUAGCGAAAUGGAUGUUGCCUUCCAAGAAGAAAUGGAGGCAACUUCUGGCAUGGGAUGGAAAGGCCUUUUCAAAGAGAUACUCGGUAUCAAGCGCAACUCCUAUCGUCUUUUCCUUACCAAUCUCGCUCAAAACAUGGCCUGCUGGUCUGGUGGCUCCGCCAUUACGGUAUACGCCCCAGAUUUGUUCACGCUCGUCGGCAUCACUGGCCAAGAGCAGUCUCUCUUCUCAACCGUCGUCUUCGGUGUUGUCAAGUUUGUCGCGGCGAUCAUUUGCGCCCUUUUCUUGGUCGACAUGGCCGGUCGGAAACGAUCUCUCAUUAUUGGUAUUGUUCUCCAGACCAUCGCCAUGUUCUACAUUGCUAUCUUCCUCAACCUCGUUCCCAUUGCCAACAAUCCUGGUUUCACCCCCAACGAGACCCAGAAUCGCGCAUCCACUGCUGCCAUUGCCUUUAUCUACAUCUCUGGUGUCGGUUGGGCCCUUGGAUGGAACAGUGGCCAAUACCUGCUGUCUUCGGAGCUAUUCCCUCUCCGCAUUCGUGGCAUUUGUUCAUCUAUCACCAUGGCCAUGCACUUCAUCUGCCAAUAUGCGGUGAAUCGUGCCCUACCUGAAAUGUUGCUUGAGCAUGGAGGCCUUGGCCCCGAUGGUACUUUCUACUUCUUUGGUGUCAUUUCCAUACUUGGUGGUAUCUGGGUUUGGCUCUUCGUGCCCGAGGCUGCCGGUCGCAGCCUUGAGACCAUUGACAAGAUGUUUGAUUUGCCCUGGUACAAGAUCGGUCUUUUCGGUCGAAAGUUUGCAGAGGAGUAUGAUCGGGAGCAGGCGCAGAUUUACCAGGAUGAAAAGAAGGACGCGGGUGUCGUUGUAUCUCAUAACGAGACUGCAUGA